GCUCCACGACGACGUCCAGGCCCAAGGACCUCCAGUACCCGGCCGUGCCCCGCCACCGGCCAGGGUUCACGCCCCAGGACGACGGCGGAGACGACUCGACGAGGUGGAUGCCAUCGGUGCCCAACCUGCCCUCGAGGACGUCCAAGUUCAUACUGAGCCACCCCGAGUACUACAACUACGUGCGGCUGAACGGCAACGGCGGGGCGAGUGGGGACGGGGCUGCGCGCCGGCCACCGGCCUCGGGGGCGGGCAAGGACUGCCAGGACUCCUCGACGGCCGGCACGGAGCCGCCUGCACCACCCACCACAACGCCCAAGCCGAGCUCGCCGACCAGUGGCGGGAACCGGAGCGACGUGGUGAUCAUCGGGGGCGGCGACAAGAAGGGAAGCAACGGCCAGGUGGACGACGACGACGACUUCCUGAGCGCUGCGGCAGCCAUCGUGCGCACCAACACCCCGGCCUCGCCGACGAACCGCCCUGUAAAGUUGCAGAGCACGACUCCACGAUCGCAGCACAGCGAGGACGACGAGCCCCUCGAGCUGGAGGUGGUGGACGCCGUCGACAGCGCGGGCACCAUGGCGUCCAGGAACGGCACCCUGACCGUGACUGGCAAGGUGGCCCAAUCCAGGAAGGAGGACGACGACGACGAGGAGGAGGAGGAGGACGCGGAGGAGAGCGGCAGGCUGGAGAGGGUGGCCCUCGUGGAGCGCGUCGACCCCAAGCUGGGCCUCUCGCUCGGCGAGGCGCCGAGGAAGGCCAAGAUCACGGUCUUCAGGAGGGAGCGCAGUGGGUAGGGCGUGCCAGCCUUGGCCUUCAAGUACCUGGACAGCCACGCCGCGUACCGGACCCGCCCGCAGCCACCGCCCUCGGCCUCGCCGCCCUCGCCCGCCUUGCUACGGACGGAACUGGCGAAGAAGAGCAGGGCACACAGACCGCCCCCUCCCCUUCCACUUCUGUACUCCGUUUCGCGCCAAAUUUCCGCCCCGUGCUGUGUAGUUUCCGGCCGGGCGAGACUGGAGUGAGAGACUACCCCACUCGGGCCGGUACCGGCUCGCGAGGCUAGGCACCGGGGAUGGCUUGCUUAGUGAGGGCUACAGCAAACUUUGUUCUCCUUUGAAACAACUACCCCGUGCCGCCGUGGCGCGCGUCCCGACCCGGGGGGUAGUUGUUCGCAAGGACGCCCGCCUGUAAGCAGGCGAUGGAUGCGAGGCGUCGAGGCGUGGGGCCGAGUACAAAGCGAGCCAUACUGUCAACGAGCUUCCUGUGAUGAUAUUUUGGAUAGAAGAUUAUCUCAAAACUUCUGUUCUCGUGAUAUUAAUUAGAGACCCUGCUGUUUUACUAGUGAUGGGCGCACACCGUGGCGGCCUUCAUCAAGGCCUUUACAGCAUUUACUGCGCCGAGCUGCUAUCAACCCCCCAUCUUAGUUAGGUGUUUAUCUUUUAGAGAAGCGUAAUUUAUGUAAUUUAGCGACGUAGUAGCGUAGCGCCUAGCUUUAGAAUAACCAACUAACCGUCUCUGUUUCGAGCGACGACGACAACAACAACAGAGUGCUGAUGAAAUAAACGAUUCCUCGAAAGACUA